AUGCCGCGGACGCAGGCGCGGAGGGCGACCAGGCGGCGUGCGCCGCGGCGGGGGAGGACUGCACCGCGGCCAGGUGCUGCUCCGACGAGAACCUCAAGUGCUUCGCCAAGAACGAGAAGGGGGCUGGCGGACUGGGCGGGGUGCAAGCCCGACUGCACUCCAGGUGUGGACAGCACCGAGGACGACGGGCUGCCGUGGAGCUGCUCGCUGCUGGAGCUGCCUGCCGCCGCCGAGGGGGGCGGCGAGGCCGCCUGCGUCGCCGAGGGCAAGGACUGCACGGCCUCCAAGUGCUGUGCGGACGAGGGCCUCAGCUGCUUCGAGAAGGACGCCUACUGGGCGAGCUGCAAGAAGAGCUGCUCGCCCGGCGUGGACCCUGCCGACGAGGACCAGACGCCUUGGAGCUGCGCCGUGCUGAGCCCUGCGCCGGCGGGCGAGGGCGACGAAGGCGCGGAGCCUGCCGGCAAGGCCCCCGCGGCGGCUGCGUCGCCAGACCCGCACGAGUGCGCAGAGUCGGGCAGCGACUGCACUGGCGCGAAGUGCUGCAAGGAGCGGGGAGUCUUUUGCUUCGAGAAGGACCAGUACUUUGCGCAGUGCAAGUCCAAUUGCUCCAUGGCUCCAGACAAGGAUGGCGCUUCGUGGACCUGCGAGAUGCUCCUGUCUGGCCACGCCGCCGACAAGGCCUGGGACCAGGCCAUCGGCAAGGCGACGUGGCUGCUCAACCAGCUGCGGCCUGAGGCCAAGACCGCGCUGCUCCACGGCCAGAACGGCGACGACAUGGCCGACCGGUGGGGCUACCUGGGCCUGGUGAACCCUCAGGUGGAGACGAGGGUCCCCGAGCAGGGCGAGGACGACGCGGAGACGCUCAGGAGUGCGCUGUCGGCCCCCCUGCGCAUCGCCGGCGCGACCCAGGGCUUCGAGGCUCCAGGCUCGGGCCCCUCGACUGCCACGAGGUUCCCGGCGGGCCUGGCGCUCGCCGCCACCUUCGACCCGCACGCCGCC